AUGUCUUCAGCUUUGCGCAUCCGCUCCUGGCGGGCAAUUGAGUCUAUUCAGCAUGCUUCGCCAAUCUCUGGCUCUCGAGGAGUCACCCGCCUCCAAUUCGGACAGCUCUCCACCCCGAUGACCAAACGGGCAAUCAGCUACAGCAACUCUCAAAAACAGACCGAGAAACCAACCACCUCUUACUCUAAGCCUUCCACCACGACUUCAACACCGAAACCCAACUCUCCGGUACCAACAAGUUCCGCAAGCCGUGUAUCGGCCCCCACCCCAAACCGCGCAACAACAGAAAACAUCUCCCACAGCGGGUUGUCCGACAAACCCCUCUUACUCGAGACCGCCCCCGAAGACAAGAUUGAUUGGACACGAUCAUUCCAUGGUCUUUCCGCUGCCCCGUUCCCCAAGGAAGCAGCCGAUAUUCUGUUGGCCGAGACAGACCCACAAGAAGUUGAGAUCAAGCCCGAUGGGAUCCUGUAUCUGCCCGAGAUCAAGUAUCGCCGCAUCUUGAACCGUGCUUUUGGCCCUGGUGGCUGGGGUCUUGUCCCCCGAAGCGAGAGCAUUGUCACGCCCAAGACCGUGACAAGAGACCUGGUCUCUGUCGCUCGCGGCGAGCAAGAUUAUUUCUCCCCCGACGGAAUCCCAACCGCAACAGAAGGCUGCCGCUCCAACGCCCUAGUACGUUGCUGCAAGGACCUCGGAAUAGCAAGCGAACUCUGGGACCCGCGCUGGAUCCGCAAGUUCAGGGCUCAGCACACUCGCGAAGUAUUCGUCGAGCACGUCGUUAACAAGAGAAAGACGAAGAUCUGGACACGCAAGGAUGACAGCGUGAGCUAUCCGUGGAAGGAGACCGGCAGUGUCAGUAAAUAG